UCCCCAGCGGACUGGCGAGCUUGCAGGCGACCCGCAGGGCUGAGGUUGUGUGGGAACACGCAGGAGCAUAAGCUGAGCACCAUGACAGCCAACAAAUACGACGUGAUUGUCAUCGGGGGUGGCAUCUCAGGCCUGUGCGCAGCAAAGCUGCUGGUGGAGUCGGGUCUCAACCCGGUCGUGCUGGAGGCCCGAAACCGGGUGGGGGGGCGCACGUUCACCGUACAGAACAAGGAGACCAAGUAUGUGGAUCUAGGAGGGGCCUAUAUUGGGCCCACGCAGAACCGCAUCCUACGGGUGGCUAAGGAGUUCGGCGUGGAGACCUACAAGGUCAAUGAGAAGGAGAACCUAGUCCACUACAUCAAGGGAAAACCGUACCCAUUUAAGGGACCAUUUCCCCCUAUGUGGAACCCACUAGCCUACAUGGACUACAACAACCUGUGGAGGACGAUGGAUGAAAUGGGGAAGGAGAUUCCUAAGGACGCGCCGUGGAGAGCACCGCAUGCCGAGGAGUGGGACCAGAUCACCAUGAAGGAGCUCUUUGACAAGCUCUGCUGGACAAGGAGCGCCCUUCAGUUUGCCAAACUCUUUGUGAACGUGAAUGUGACAUCGGAGCCCCACGAGGUCUCAGCUCUCUGGUUCCUGUGGUACGUCAAACAGUGUGGGGGCACCAUGCGGAUCUUCUCCACCUCCAAUGGAGGACAGGAGAGGAAGUUUGUGGGUGGCUCCAGCCAGAUCAGCGAGCGCAUGGCGGACAGGCUGGGCGAGCGGGUCAAGCUGGGCAGGGCCGUGUGCAGCAUCGGGCAGAGCGGCGACGGCGUGGUGGUGCAGACCCUCAGCAAGGAGACGUACGAGGCCAAAUACGCCAUCAUCGCCACGGCACCGGCGAUGAACCUGAAGAUGCACUUCAACCCCCCCCUACCCCCACUGAGGAACCAGCUGGUCCACCGUGUGCCCACUGGCUCCGUCAUCAAGUGCAUGGUCUACUACCGGGAGAGCUUCUGGAGGAAGAAGGGCUUUUGCGGCAGCAUGGUGAUCGAGGACGAGGAGGCCCCCAUUGGCCUGACGCUGGACGACUGCAAGCCCGACGGAUCCGUUCCCGCCAUCAUGGGCUUCAUCUUGGCUCGCAAAGCUGUGAGACUCUCUGGACUGACUAAGGAGGAGAGGAAGAAGAAGAUCUGCGAGAUCUAUUCCCGAGUUCUGGGCUCAGAAGAGGCCUUGUAUCCCGUGCACUAUGAGGAGAAGAACUGGUGUGAAGAAGAGUACUCUGGAGGCUGCUACACGGCCUAUUUCCCUCCGGGCAUACUCACUCGAUAUGGCAGGGUGCUGCGGGAGCCGGUGGGAAGGCUGUAUUUUGCCGGGACAGAGACGGCCACUGAGUGGAGCGGCUACAUGGAGGGGGCCGUGCAGGCCGGUGAACGGGCUGCCCGGGAGAUCCUUCAUGCAAUGGGAUUAAUCUCCGAGAGUGAAAUCUGGAAACAGGAGCCCGAGUCUGUGGAUGUUCCCGCAUUGCCAUUCGUCACCACGUUCUGGGAGAGGAACCUUCCCUCCGUAUCUGGCUUGCUGAAGUUCCUGGGCCUGACCUCCGCCCUAACGGCGGCGGCUUCAGCCGGCAUCCUGGCCUACAAGAAGGGCCUAAUCCCCCGGACUUAAGCCCCGCCCACAACCACCUGCCCAGAGCUCCUCCCUCCCUGGGUCUUAAGUCCAAGGCGAAGUCCGUCGUAUUCCUCAGGCGUGAGGGUUCAUUGUCGACUGAGGAGAUAAGAUAAUGGAACAUAAAGGUGUCUGACUCCUCCAACACACGGGGCUCUCUGUUGGUCCACAUGUAGGGAACUUAGAAAUGAUAUCAUGUGAUCAAAACAAGUUGUAAUAUUCAUGUAUUUAAAGAUGAUAAAUAUGAUUUCUCUCCAAAGAGUGUGGUUCAAAGAAAAUUCUGAGACUUUGGGGGGAUUCAGAAGUCGUGAAAAAGGUCUGCUUGGCCAAUCAGCAAUCGUCGUCGUGAGAACAAUCGUAUGCCGGUGCAUUGUCGUGAUCCGCCCGAUUACCUCUGAUUUUUCAGGUGCGUUGAGUCGUGUCUGGCGAUGCCUUUCUAGCUGACAGCAAGCAGGCGUCUGCACAGCAUCACGGUUUUAAAAGCUCGUUUGCCUCUUAAAGGUGCUUAGUUUGACUGUGCGGUCCCUGCUACUCCUCAUCACACCCUUCAGUCUUUCAUGACAAAUCAUGUGAAUAUAAUCUUCCUGUAAUAAAUUUACUUGUACUAAAUUCACUCAAAAUGAAGUUGAAGAAUCACAGUGCAUGUGUCUAUCAAGGUCCAUUCCAAAGGCUCAAGAUUUGCUGAAAUAUGACUAUGGCUCACUGGAAGCGGUAGCCAGGUCAAAAUCAGUAAAUGUAGUCUAAUAGCGCUAAUCUGCCACAAGAUGGCGGUAUUGAGGCACAUGCCUCACUUUACUCACCACUGGUCACAAUCUUUGACGUUCAUACCUGAGAUCAGAAUGAGUGGACAAUUUACUCUGUUCCCCUACAAAAAGAAAUUUUUGUAUACAUUUCUUAUGAUAGUGAUUACUGUUUUGGUGUUUUAAUAAUCAAACUUCUUAUUAAUCCUCUGAAGUAAUACAAGAAAGGCACAGAUAUUGUAUCCAGGGUUGGGGCCAUUCCGGAAUGCAUUGAUCAAUUCCAGUACAAAUCAGGAAAUGGAACUGGAGCUGGGAUUGGAAAAAAAAAACUACGGGGAACACAAUUUGAAUUUCAGGGAGAUUUAAGUUCCAACUCCAGUUCCAUUUCCUGAUUUGGACUGGAAUUGAUCAAUGCAUUCCGGAAUGGCCCCACCCUGAUUGUAUCAAUCCUACAAAUAAGUAUUUUUAACAAGCUGUCUGAAUGGUAACACUGUAACACCAAUACCUCACGGCUAUAAGUAAAGAAAAGUUGCCUUUUAUUAAAGCCAGAGGCAUGAGUUAAGUCUUUCUUUUUAAAUAUCCAAAGGGAUUGAUGUAUAUCGUCACUGUUUCAUCCAAAAUGAUUUUGAUAAAUAGGCAUAUAGCUGGAUAGUUAAAUACUUAAAUAAAUCCUGUGCUAGUAGCAUCUGUCCUGUGUAACUGGGAUCCGACUGGAUCGUCUUGUCACCCAAAGAUGAGUGUGGAUCCGUGGUGUCUGUGAUCUUGUGCCUUAUUCCAGCCGUGCUGUGUUGUUAUUUUACAAGGGCCUCUGUGAUCGUGCACCCCCCCACAAACCUCUACCCUGUCCAUCCUCAUCACCUCAUGCUGCUUAGCGGUAAGGGGGGGGGCGGCCAGGACAGCAUGCAGUGAGCUGAUGAAACACGCAGCAGGUGUGCUGUCACUUACAGCCUGAUUUCGGCCAAUGAGAAGUAAGAUGAUAAUUGAUUGAUGUGGCACUGUCCCGCCCCCGGUGUAGUCCAUAGACUCGCUGACACUCUUGCUAGUGCACCUGCAUUGUGGUUACAGGCUGUAUGUCCACACGCCUCAGAUUGCCUGUUCAAUCGGGGACACAGACUCUGAGAGUUCUCCUCUCCUGCUCAACACGCAUCAUUCUUCAUUUCAGAUGGGACUUUUUUCAGGGCCGUGAAAUCGACCCCGUUGUGUCAGAUUGCCCUAAACUGUAUCGCAUCCUGAGGGUACCUGGGGGAAUUUAACCGUCUAAAAUAGCUAAAAUUGCAGCUAAAUGGUUUUGAAAUACCAUGUACUUUGUGCCAGGCUCAGCCGACUGUGAUUUUAUUGUUAUUUUUUUAUUGCCACUGCUGCUUCUGCGUGUCUGGACGUGCCUGGGCGUGUCUGGACGUGCCUGGGCGUGUCUGGGCGUGCCUGGACGUGCCUCGGCGUGCCCGGAUGUGUCCGGACGUGCCUGGGCGUGCCUCGGCGUGCCUGGACGUGUCUGGGCGUGCCUGGGCGUGUCCGGGCGUGUCUGGACGUGCCUCGGCGUGCCGCCGUCCCCUGCGCUCUCGCGGGCGACGCCUCGCCUGCUCUGUUUCUCACACCCUGUGGCGGUUCAUGCUGCUCCUGUACUUCUUGCUGAUGUUGUAGAGUCGGCGUUCCCUCCGCGCCGGGGUGGUACCCGAAUCCCGAGCCUCGCUGCCGUACCUUCUGUCGUCAGAUGUUCUGUUCCUGUGGUCACGUUCUAUGAUUUCUGUUCAGUUUAAUUCCAAAGUUGAAAAUAAAAAUGUGAAUCGUGUCUUGCUGCCUGGUGCUUA